UUAUACAGGUGUUUCCCGCCAGUUGUGGCGAGGCGUGACCCAAGCUAAUGUCACUUCGAUCUGCAGAAUCACUUAUGUUUGUGCACGUUUUUGUUUUCAUCACGGGGAAACUGACGUUUGAUUUAAGCGAGCACAAUUCCUACGCUGUUCAUUAUAUCGCCUCUAUACGCGUUAUUUUGUAGGUUUAAAGGACGCGUAAAGCAGUCUUAAAUGUUGUGUAUUAUAUAUUACAGUAUUUUAGAUAACUGGUAAUCAUGACUUCCGCGCCCAAGGUGCCUGAAUUCACGCUUGGCACCAAGAUCCUGAGUGCGGGCCUGGCCGCCUGCACAGCAGACGUGAUCACCUUCCCUCUGGAUAUGGCCAAAGUUCGAUUACAGAUUCAAGGGGAAUCGGCCUUAAUUUCUGCCUGUGGUGCGCAUUUGGCCGGCGCCCCUCCAAAGUACCAUGGCGUCUUCGGAACUAUUAGAACUAUAGUGAUACACGAAGGUGCCCGGGGACUGUACGGCGGACUGGUCGCAGGACUUCAACGACAGAUGUGCUUCGCCUCUGUGAGAAUAGGACUUUAUGAUCACGUGAAAGGAUAUUACCACAGUUUCUUCAAUCGUCCAGUCAGCGAGCCACACAUUGGGAUCCGUAUUCUGGCUGGUGUUACCACAGGCGCGCUGGCCGUUCAGAUUGCACAGCCUACAGACGUGGUGAAAGUGCGCAUGCAAGCGCAAGGAAAUGGUGUGCUCCCGAAGCGCUACGACAGCGCGUUUUCUGCGUACAAAACUAUAGCCAAACAAGAAGGGAUACGAGGUUUAUGGAAAGGCACAAUCCCCAACAUGACCAGAAAUGCGGUAGUGAACUGUUGUGAAUUAGUGUCCUACGACAUCAUAAAAGAGAAGAUCCUAGACUACGACUUAAUGUCCGAUAAUAUGCCUUGUCACUUCGUAUCCGGCUUCGGCGCUGGUUUCGUCACAACUGUGAUAGCCUCCCCUGUAGAUGUAGUGAAGACGCGGUUUAUGAACUCCGGCAAGGGGACGUACAGGGGCGCCUUCCAUUGCGCCACCAAAAUGCUAAUGGAGGAAGGACCUAUGGCUUUUUACAAAGGAUUCACUCCUUCUUUCUUGCGUCUGGGGUCUUGGAAUAUUGCAAUGUUCGUCUGCUUCGAACAGUACAAGAGGUUCAUGUAUAGAGCAAAAGCUUCUUCAGACAGUAUGGCUGUGUAACGUCAGAUAAAACUCACCGUCACCGUCAUAAACAUGAAGACAUCAGAACGCCGAUGGACUCUGUUCGAGCUGAAUGUCAUCCAUAAUAAAACAAGCUGUUCUCACCCAGCUGUGACUUGUCUGCCGUAAGGCCAGAGGUCUUAUAGAACGUCUGUGAUAUUAAAAUAUGUUUGAUAUCUUAUAUAACAUUAAAAAAAAAAAAAGAGAAAACGGGAUGACCGUGAGCACAAACUAAACCAGUAGUGCAAUUAUGUAACUUACAAUAAUCACUGUUUAUAAAAAUAUAUAUUGUUUAAUACUAAGAAAGAUUAACGAAUUUAAUAUAGUAUACAAUAAAAUGGUGCUGUAAACUAUUUAGGACCACAGAGAGAGAGGACAGUUACACAGAAUGAUGACGGAAGCUUGUCAACUAUUUGUGCAUAAAUUUUACCGCCACUGUUAAUUCUCAGUUAUAAAAAUAGAUACGGGGGGAAUAAUAAUCAGUUUUAUUGUAUGAGUACCUUAUAUUUUCGCAUUAUUAAACAAUUUAUAAAAUGAAGAAAUAAUUAACAAAAUAUAUUAAGAAAUAAAAAGACGGCAAUUGGAUCCAACGGUUCUCUGAAUUAUUGAUUCC